AUGAGGUCAGACGAGAGAACUGCACAUGACUUGCUCGAAUUUGGUGCCGAUUGUGCUGCAAUCGACUGCAGAGGCAGGACUCCUUUGCACUACGCCGCCGGAGCUAGGUCACAAGUCUGCGUAGCUCUAUUAUUAGACGCUGGUGCAUCAGGCUCGGCAAUUGACGACCUCGGCGCGAGCCCUCUAUACUACGCCGCCAGACUUCCGUCCGAUCAAGAAGGUCUCCUCAGGUGCCUAUUUUCUCACGGCGCAGACUUCAAUUGCAGGUUUCGCUACGGAGGUUGGACUCCAGCUCAUGCCGCAUGUGCCACCGAGAAUCAUACCAACCUGAAGACAUUGAUAGACUUGGGAGCCGAUUUCAGGUUGUCAGACAAUUGGGGAAACACGCCACUCCAGAUAGCCGUGUUCAAGGAGAAUGUCGAGGCUGUUCUGUGCCUUGUCUCUCACGGUGCCAGCACUGAUUCAGCAGACCAGCUGGGC